AUGGUGGGAUUCCUCUUUAUCACCGCAUCAGAUGAUGUUGCCACCGGAGAUGAGAAAAGGAAUGCCAAGAAGAAGGGCUCAGGGACCUACAAGAUAUGGAUACUCAAGGUACUCAAGCAGGCACACCAGGAUAUCGGCAUCUUCAGCAAGGCCAUGUCGAUGAUAAACUCCUUCAUCAACGCCAUAAUCGAGAAACUUGUACAGGAGGCCUCCUACCUUGCUUGCUACAACAAGAAGUCCACCAUCACAUCACACGAGAUCCAGACCUCUAUUCGCCUCGUUCUCCCCAAGGAGCUCGCCAAGCAUGGGGUCUUGGAGGCCACCAAAGCCAUGAUCAAAUUUACCAGCUGCUAA